AUGAACAGCCAGGGAGCGACAGCGGACCCUCAGCUUCAGCACUUCAUCGAGAUCGAGACUCAGAAACAAAGGUUUCAGCAGCUGGUGCAUCAGAUGACUGAGGUUUGCUGGGACAAAUGUAUGGAUAAGCCUGGGCCAAAACUGGACUCCAGGACAGAAAUGUGCUUCGUUAACUGCGUGGAGCGAUUUAUAGAUACCAGCCAGUUCAUUCUAAAUAGGCUGGAACAGACUCAAAAGAGCAAGGGCUCAUACUCUGAGACCAUGUUGGAAUAAAAACUGUCACUGAAAGGACUGACGAGACACAUGCAUGUGGCCCCGGCUCUAUGACGAGGCUGACACCGCCGUCUGUAAUGAACUUUUUGUUCAAAUGGAAAAAGGAAAAACACAAGUGCCUCAGAUCAACACAACGUAUGGAUGCAGAAGUCUAGGGUUUAAGGCCAUACACUUAGCAGGAUAGGAACAACAUGCUCAGAUUGUGUUCUAUUGCUAGCAGUUACCUCAUGUUCUGUUUUUCAAGCAAAUUAUCUGGCCAGACUGAAUGUGGGUGACUGCAGAAAGAUGGACGCAUCACAAGGAUAUUCAGAUUCAGCCGUCUGUUUUUGAAAACAAGGACUCAACACACACCCUGCUGCAAUUUAAGAGAAGUAACAGAUGUAACAGAUGUCUUGACCGGAAAAAAGCGUGAGGUUCUGGAUUGUACAUAUGCAAUAAACAUAAUGCCAAAUCA